CCUGAAGACGCCUGUACGUGGUGGCUGAGUGCGCUGUGUAUCAUCAUCCCGCCAUCCUCGUUUGUCAUUCUCAGGCCAAGUCCCUGGUCCAUACAUGCCACUUCUCCACCACCAAUCUCCACGCCGGCCGCUCUGGUUUCUCUUCUCCUUCAAUUCACAUGCAGCUCUAGCUGGAUCGUCCCUAUUUUCCCACUCUUGUACGAUUACCAAAGCUCCCAUCCUCACAACGCGCUUCGAGCUGCGCGACAUAGCCUCUGUGUUAGCGGCCGGGGGCUGCCUCAGUCUGCAACUGAAUAAACGAACCCCCCGAACUCGACAGAGAUAAUUGCUUGUAGCCCAGCAUGUCGGACGUGGGCGACGGCAACAACCACAAGCGGUCCAAAUCCGCCGCGGCGCUGUCGCUAUUGCGCCGUAAGGACACUCGCGACGACGAAUCUGGAUCCGAAGACGGUCGAUUAUCGGCAACGGGCAGCCAUGCAUCUCCCCCGAAAUCUACCGCGCCCCGAAGCCAUGUAUCUCGACUAUCAACACCGUCGGCUGUUCUAAGCAGGACGCCUUCUAACCAGACUGCUGCCAACGCAAAAGCUUCCCCCGUUCAAGAGGUCAAAACUGGCAGCCUCGAACAAUCUGUACGCAAAUUCAGGGUUGUUGAGGCCCUGAGAAGCGGAGACACCGCGUCCAUAUCGAAAGCCAUUCGAGAGACGGCGGACGGCCUCCCACGUGCGAGCACAUCGUCGCUUAGUGGGGCUAGUGCUGCUGGGGCGUUGGAAGAUACCACGAUACUUCAUUUAGCCAUGCAAUGUGCCGAGUUCCCCGUUAUCGAAUACGUUCUGUCCGAUGGCCUCGGUAGCUUGGAUGUCAAUGCUCGAGAUAAAGAUGGCAACACUCCGUUGCAUAUUGCCGCCAUGCACGGCCGCACUCAGGCCGUCAAGCUUCUCUUGGAGCAGAAGGAGAUCAACGAUGCGAUUGCGAACUCUCAGGGGAAAUUACCCAUCGACCUAGCUCGGACUCCCGAAAUAUUCCAGCUCCUUCAGCUUUCUCGAUCCCUUUUCACAGAUACCAAAGUGCAGCAGGUGCAAGACUUAAUCGCCAAGGGUGACUACGAGACUCUUGCCCAGGUGCUGGAAGAGUCGCGACUAAAGACCAUGCUGGACAUCAACAGCACUGAAUUUGUUUCCGACCCGGCUGUUGUACAGGCUGGCGGCACAUUACUUCACGAAGCAGCCAAAAAGAAGAACAUCCAGCUGAUCCAAGUGCUCUUACUUCAUGGUGCCGACCCAUUUCGCCGUGAUCGAAGAGGCAAGCUGCCUCAGUCCAUUACCAGCGAUGACAAUGUCAAGGCCAUUUUGAAGAAGUCACCGGCUGCCGUGGCCGCGCAGAGAGGAAUUCAAGAAAAAGCUGUCCUGGGGCACGCUGCCUCCCAGAAUGCCGCAGCCGGUGGACCCAGCGAUCCCUUGGCGGGGCGUGAAGCUCGUGAGAUGAAGGGAUACUUGAAGAAGUGGACCAACUAUCGCAAGGGUUACCAGCUGAGAUGGUUUGUGCUCGAGGAUGGUGUGUUGAGCUACUAUAAGCACCAAGACGAUGCUGGUUCUGCAUGCCGGGGCGCUAUCAAUAUGAAAAUUGCACAACUCCAUAUGAGCCCUGAUGAAAAAACGAAAUUUGAGAUUAUCGGAAAGUCUUCCGUGAAAUACACCCUGAAAGCGAAUCAUGAAGUGGAAGCCAAACGCUGGUUCUGGGCCCUCAACAAUUCUAUCCAGUGGACCAAAGAUCAGGCGAGAGAGGAAGAGCGCCAGGCAGCUCGUAGCGCCGAGCUUCUUCGACUGGCCAAGGCCGACCAAAGCGGUACACUCUCAAUCCAAGAGUCUCACAGCGAGAACACGAGCAUGACGGAUUUGAGGCGUGUGAGCACACAGCUUCAAGGGCGCCCAAUGCUGGCUGUUAAAAGGUCAGAUAUAACUGGGACAAGUACAGUGGAGAGCGUUGAAGAGGAAGAUUUCGUAGAUACCUUCACGGAAGCGGAUGGACAUGGAGCUGGUCCUGGCACAGCACCCGGAGACCAAGACGACGAUGACGACUAUGCAGAGGACACUAGCGGUCGCGAGGAACCCCAGGCAACCAAAGAUGCGCUCAACAUUACUGCGCAAUCAGCAAAAUUGCAGCUGGAGACUAUGGCAAGUGUUCACUCGGCCCUUUUGAGUGAAAUGUCCCGCAGCCCUGCCACGCCAAUAUCGGAUGUUAAAGUAGCACAGGCUCUCUCCACAUACGAUGGUGCUAUCCGAAGUUUGACUGGCCUAGUCGGGGAUCUACUCCGAAUUUCAAAAGACCGCGAUGCAUUUUGGCAAUAUCGUCUCGAUCGGGAGUCUGAUAUGCGGCGCAUGUGGGAGGAGAGCAUGGCACAGGUGGCUCGUGAGCAGGAGAUCCUCGAAGCCCGAGUUGGUGAAUCAGAGAUGAAGCGUAAGCUAGCCAAGAAGGCGUUACGCGAGGUGAUGGAAAGUGGUGGCCUGCCAUCUGCCAGCGUCACACCAACGAUGGAAAAGGUUCAAGAAGAGGUUGAAGAGGCUGUUGCUAUUGCCAAGGCGUCUAGCCGCAACUUGGCCCGAAAGCAGACUGCUCUUGAGCAGAUGGCAGAAAUGUCCGACAGCGAGUCUGGAGUGGAAGACGAGUUCUUUGAUGCUGUUGAUGCUGGCGAUGUCGAAGUUGCGGAGCUCUUCCCCAUUGAGGCAAAGCAGGAGAAGAAAGCCAUUGCAAUUUCGGGAUUGGAUAUUAGCAGCUCUUUCAGGGGAUAUGAAAAUGGAAUUCGACACAAACUCAAGAUGGAGAGUGAUGAUCGGCCUAAGAUUUCUCUUUGGGGUAUCCUCAAGUCAAUGAUUGGCAAGGAUAUGACCAGGAUGACACUUCCUGUGUCCUUUAACGAGCCGACAUCACUACUGUAUCGUUGCGGUGAAGAUAUGGAAUACGUGGAUCUUCUUGACCUAGCAGCCGAACGCGCGGACUCGAUCGAAAGACUCAUGUACGUGGCCGCUUUUGCUGCCAGUGAAUACGCAUCUACCAUUGGUCGAGUUGCAAAGCCCUUCAAUCCCCUACUUGGCGAAACAUUUGAAUAUGUCCGCCCCGAUAAAAACUACCGCUUCUUCAUCGAGCAGGUCAGCCAUCAUCCGCCAAUUGGUGCUGCCUGGGCAGAAGCACCCAACUGGACGUACUGGGGCGAAUCACAUGUCAAGUCCAAAUUCUAUGGUAAAUCGUUUGAUAUCAACCCUCUUGGAACGUGGUUCCUUAAGCUCCGACCUACUGCUGGCGGAAAAGAAGAUUUAUACACGUGGAAAAAGGUGACGUCUUCGGUUAUCGGCAUCAUCACAGGAAACCCUACAGUGGACAACUACGGCCCCAUGGAAAUCAAGAACUGGACGACUGGAGAAGUAGCUCUGGUUGAGUUUAAGCCUAGGGGAUGGAAGGCUUCAAGCGCUUACCAGAUUGUCGGCAAGGUCAUGGAUGCCUCGGGCCAGGUGCGGGUGAGCCUUGGCGGUCGCUGGAACUCGAGGCUAUAUGCCCGAUUAACACCAGGCUACGAGGCUGCUGUUGACGAGCCCUCGACUAAGAAUGGAGAUAUUGUCCACCGAGGCAGCAUCGCAGAUCCCAACCGAGCUUACCUUAUCUGGCAGGCCAACGAGCGGCCGACAGGCAUUCCUUUCAACCUUACUCCAUUUGUGCUUACAUUCAACCACAUCGAUGACAAGCUAAGGCCGUGGAUUGCCCCUACGGACUCACGCUUGCGACCAGAUCAAAGGGCCAUGGAGGAAGGAGAGUAUGACUUUGCCGCCACAGAGAAGAAUAGAUUAGAAGAGAACCAGCGAGCCCGUCGACGAGCGCGCGAUAGUGCUGGCGAAGAGUUCGUUCCUGCAUGGUUCACAAAGGCAAGAUGCGAAAUUACAGGCGAAGAGUUCUGGCAAUUCAACGGCAAGUACUGGACGCAACGAGAAAAAGCCGGCCCUGAUGGCGAUUAUGAGGCAGCGUGGGGAGGUCUGGAGCCUAUUUAUGACGAUAUACCAGCUUAGAGAAUUCAUUCUUGUAGGGGAUGAGAGUGGAGGAUGGAAGCGUUGAAAACAAUGGCGUGGGGAAAAAAAAAAAUGUAAAUGUAUAGUUUUAGCACUAGAUUUGAGGGAUUGAGCUGUCUAUUUAUUGUUUGAAACACACACGAAGAGGGAGGAGGGGUGAAGAUGAUAAGAUGACGGGAGAGAGAGAAAGAGAGAGAGAGAAGUGGAUGAUAUAUGAAGUAGCCCGUGUGCAAUAUUAGUAGUAUAGCAAUAAAAUAUUCUUUUUUAUCU